GGGCCGUUUCUCCCUAGAAGAUUUCCAGGCCCCUUGGGCCAUGAAGAGGCCUAAAUUUAGCCAGCAGACAAGGGGCUGGCCCUGAGCCCAGGGACAGUCGGGCCUUAUAAAGGGCUGGCAGUCCGGGCCCCCAGCACACUUCCCUAGAGGCCUGAAUCCACGCUUCUCCAGCCCAGCCCCUGCCUGGACAGGGUCCCUGCUGCCUGUGGAUGAGCCACCGGACCUCCUCCGCCUUCAGAGCGGAGAGAAGCUUCCAUUCUUCCUCCUCCUCCUCCUCCUCCUCCUCUUCGGCCUCCCGUGCCCUCCCAGCUCAGGACCCACCCAUGGACAAAGCUUUGAGCAUGUUUUCAGAGGAUUUUGGCAGUUUCAUGCGGCCCCACUCGGAGCCCCUGGCCUUCCCAGCAGUUCUGUCCACAGCCCGACCUGGAGGACAAGGUAACAUCAAGACCCUCGGGGAUGCCUACGAGUUUACAGUGGACAUGAGAGACUUUUCCCCUGAAGAUAUUAUUGUUACCACCUCCAACAACCACAUCGAGGUGCGGGCUGAGAAGCUGGCGGCUGAUGGCACGGUCAUGAACACCUUUGCUCACAAGUGCCAACUACCAGACGAUGUGGACCCUACAUCGGUGACCUCAGCCCUUCGAGAGGAUGGCAGCCUCACCAUCCGGGCACGGCGCCACCCACACACAGAACAUGUCCAGCAGACCUUCCGGACAGAGAUAAAAAUCUGAGGGUCUCCCUAUCCCUGCCCUCCCCCCCAUCUCCUCAACUGACCUGCUGG